AUGGAAUCUCUAUCAUGGAGGACGCGUGGGUAUAAACUUCAAUUUUUCGAUGGAAAACCUAAAUGGCCACCUUCCAAAUACAAUCUAACUUACAAAUUCACCCUUGAUGGCACUGUAACUGAAAUAGAUAAUCAGACCCUAAGUUCUGUUUGUGCGCGAGCUUUCGCAACAUGGGCAGCUGUGAGUCAUUUUCAGUUUAGGGAGGUGGGAGAAGGUGAAUAUGCUGAUAUCUUUAUUGGCUUUCGUAGAGGUGCUCAUGGUGAUGGUCAUCCUUUUGAUGGGGCAGGAGGGAAAAUCGUUGCUCAUGCUUUUCAUCCAACAGAUGGAAGACUUCAUUAUGAUGCGGAUGAGAAUUGGGGCACUGAUCCAGCAUCAGAUGAGAUUGAUUUAGAAUUAGUUACUCUUCAUGAAAUUGGACAUAUUUUAGGGUUAGGACAUACUUUCGAUGAGGAAGCUGUUGGAUUAACUUCAACAUAG